AUGCCAGACGCACCUACCUCUCACAUACAGUACAUAAGACCAUCCGCGACACUAUUCGGGUCCAUGCCGCGCACCAGUAAGGACGUAAACCCGCACAUCCAGACACUAGCGGAACGUCCAAUCCCAACGAACAACAAGAACGGCGCCGCCCCCUUCCAACGCGUACCAGCGGACACCUUCCCAAACCACGUCGUCAGCGCCGAACGCCUCUUCCUCGGCGUCCACGAAUCCCAAAAGGAACAACUACUCGAGAUGGGGGAGACCAUAAUACCCAUCAUUAUCGCACUAGGUGGCCAGACCUUAACCUACAAACUCCGCGACUCGCUGAGCAAGGAAGUCAUGCUGGCCAUAUCCGGGAUCCUUAACGACUCUCCAGCCGAAUUCAUAACAGCGACACCAGCCACCCCUCUCAAAUCCGGCAAGGACAAGUACGCAGAGCCGGUCACCGCCUUCAUCCGAAUCGAGGACAAAGAAAAAAGAGAAGCAGUCCUGGCCGAGAAGCUCAUCGCCGUCAACACAUCCAUAGCAUUCUGGCCGAAGAAGAUAGACGGACAACGAUCAUGGACCGUUUUGCACGCGGCAUGCUCGUCGCUCAAAAACCCCGAGCAAAUGGAGAACGAACUAGCCGCGGCGGUACGUGAGCUCAUGCACACGAACCCACCCAUCUCACAACUCAUCGACCGUAUGACCCAACCCAUGACGGGAAACCGCGAACAACGCAUCGACGAAUCCAUCGGGCUAUCUGUCCACGCGGUCUUCAAAACGAACGACAUCAAGCCGUACAUCACAGUAUACGCCAACCCAGACGCAGGCAGCGAGGAGGACCAACGAACUCUUCGCAGACUCCUCCGAAGUAACUCUGUCAUAACGGGUGCAGUGGAAUACACCCCAAGCACACACGAGAACGGCGACAUCAAGGCCUGCGUGAUAUGCAAGCAGGACAACCACCCAUCAUAUGCAUGCGAGUACCCCAAGAAACAGUGGUGGGGCCCGCAGGACCAGAUGUCUGGACUACCGGACGAACACCCACUAGCAACCCGCGGGAACACCGGAAACAGACGCAAUCAUGGUGGCUGGCCCUCACACGACCUAGAUGGGAGGAACGGAAGAUACGGAAACACCCAAGGCCGCAAACGAGGAGGAGGAAGCCGGACGAACUACGGUAACCGAAACCGAAAUAGAGCUGGAAGGUACAACGAAGGUAGCCAUGCGUAA